UUAAAUUGUUUGAUCGAUACAAACUUUCAAACAAUAUUUUUCUGAAGAGCUUUUUCUGGUACGUUUAAUAAAUUAUGACUAGUAUAACUAAAUUGAGUUCUCUCAAGGAGAGUGAAGAAAUUUUACGUAAACAAGCGAAAAAAUUAGCAAGGCAGAGAAACAAAGAUUCUUUUAAAAGACCAACUCAUCUAUUCAUGCAUGAAAAGUGUUUGACUAACAUUCCUAAACCGAAGAAUACAGGUCACAUUAUUUAUGCAUAUUAUCACAAUAACCAUAUUAGCAAAAUAGAGAACCUUGAACUGCUUUACAAUCUCACCCAUUUACACUUGCAAUGGAACAAAAUAACUAAGAUUGAAGGCCUAGAAAAACUACAUAGCCUGAAAAAAUUAUACCUUGGAAAUAAUCACAUCAGUGUGGUGGAGAAUUUAGAAAAUCUGAAAUAUUUGGAAGAGCUACACAUUGAAAAACAAAAUAUGGAUAAUGCUGAUGGUCUUUGCUUUGAUCCACGGUCCAUAAUGUCACUGGGGCCUUCCCUCAGAAUUUUAAACGUAUCGGAAAACAAAAUAACAGACUUGGCUUGGGUGAGGCCUUUACGACGACUUGAAGUUUUAAUUGCAAAAAAGAAUAACUUACAAGAUCACCAGAGUAUUGCUGAUCAUCUGUGCACACUGAUUUCCCUGGUUGAUGCCAAUUUUACUGGAAACCCAAUGACUAAAAAGCAUCGCUAUAAAGAGACCAUUAUUGCAAGAUGUUCACAAUUGCGUGUUUUAGAUACCACAGUCAUCCACAACAACUCAAAAACAUUUUUGCAAAGCUUCGACAAAGCCGUUCGCCUCCGUCAACUACACGAGAAAAACAAAUUAGACAUGAACCGGCGAGGAGUUGACGAGUUUUUCGAGCUGAACAUGUUGCCAGGGCCAAGGGCUCAGAGCGCAUACACUAUAUCGGAAUUUACCAACGAAAAGCCCAAAAUGACAGCAAUCGAUUCGACUUACACAUUCAUGCCACGUGCUUUUUGGCGUAACCGACCGGAACCAUCGCCACGCGAGCCCGAAGCCCCACCCACCAUUCCUGAUAAAAAGGUGACAGUAGCACUAACACCGAAUGGCCUAGCUGAUGGCAUCACCACAGACAGUGAGGGUGUGGAGCAUUUUGUUUUGCCGUACGAGACCGAGAUGACAAUGGCCGAGUUCCUUGAUUGUUUAGAAGAAAAAAGAGAAAACAUGAUUCCCUACAUUCAGAAGCAAAAUUCCAACUUAACUGGAGAUUUCGAGGAGCUGCUGUCCGAUAUAGCCCCGGAGGUGGACUUUGCCAGUGAAGCGUUCAACAAAAAGCCCGAUGCAGUCAAUUUCUGGAUGGGAGACGAAAGGGCAAUAACUUCUAUGCACAAAGAUCCGUAUGAGAACAUUUACUGUGUCAUCGACGGAUACAAAGACUUUGUUCUCAUACCGCCCACUGAUCUGCCCUACGUCCCAUACAAGAGGUACCCUCAGGCCAUCUUCAAACAUGACAACGGGAAGUGGGAUAUUGAGCCUUUAGAGGAAAAUGUAGCAGAUUCAUUGGAAGAGGGUGACCAAGAGUUUGAUGAGUUUAACAGGCCAGGGAUUCCUUGGAUUUGUAUUGAUCCCGUCAACCCGGACUACACAAAGCACCCCGAGUUCAAAAACGCUCACCGCUACCACGUGCGCCUAAACAAGGGCGACUGUAUGUACCUGCCGAGUUUAUGGUUCCACCACGUACGACAGAGCCACGGCUGUGUGGCCGCCAACUACUGGUAUGACAUGGAGUUUGACAUCAAGUAUUGUUACUUUGUGAUGCUGGAGAAGCUAUGCGCAUGGUAUUAAUCUGUAGGUAUAGUAGAGUGAGACUCUUUGUACAGUAGCAUUAAUUCAACUAAAACGGUCAAUCGUCGACGCCCGCGGGGUUACUCCGAAAAACGUUAUCCAAAGUUGCGAAUUAAUAGGCCAAUGACAGGUCGCACGUCCUGUAUGGCUAGCACGAAAAACUUUCGAGUUCGAAUCGUUUGCGUAUUCGAAUCGCCGUCAAAAGAUUUAGUACGAAAACUACAACAGCGCCCUUGUGAACGUGUCGUAAAGUGAACUUAGUAUGAGAAAUUGUUGCACGAAACUUAUUUUGAGAAUCGAAAUUGUCACAUUAUCGUUUAAUUCGAAGUUUGAGUAUCGAAUUUUGUCGAAUACGCAAACGAUUCGAAGACGAUAGUUGUUCAUGCUAGAGGUUGCGUCACCGUUUACCAAUAGAUUAGAUAUAGUUUAUCAAUCGAUUCGAUUGUUUUUAUUGAAACGACUAGAUUUUUGAGUCUGAAUUUUAACGAAAAAUGUCUGUCAUUUUGGUAUAUUUAUGCGUUCUAUGUCUUCUAGAUGUAAUAAUUAAGUUUUUGUAUUAUAUUGUAUAUU